GUCAACGACAACUGCUUGCGCGUCAACUUACCGCACACAUGCACGACACACCAACUUCGGAAAGGAGAAGCAUUUCUUGGCGUUAGUUGAAGCAGGCAGGUCGCUCGUGACGACAGCCAGGGAAAAAAAAAAAAAAAAAAAGCCGGGAAGAGAACUUUAUUGUGACGCAACCAGAGGUAACAGCGUUGGUAAUGCCGGCAAUUCAUUUCCAGAAAGGAAGGAAGUCCAAAAUGAAGGUUGAAGGCGAGCGUCGCGAUCGGGUUUCUCGCAGCGCCAACGAGGUUUUCAGGCCCGACCGAGCGGAACCCGACUCGCCUCGCACAAUGGACGGCCGCCGUUCCCGCGCAUUCCGCACAUUUCCACAGAUGAAGAAGCGUCCAUUUGCCCAAUUUCACUCAUGUCAGCUUCACCACGGCGGCUGCGCCGACCCGCAGGAAGUUGUUGAGCGUCAACAAACAAAAGCUUUGGAUGGACCUGUAACCUGAGAGCAAGCCCACCUUCAAGCCUCACAGCGACCUCCAAGAUCCUUGGCCCAUUUCCUGCCCACAAGUGUCAACAGGUACUGCCGGGCCUCGGGCUCUUUGUGUGUGUGUUUGUGUGGAUUUUGUCCGUCUGUUGUUGGAAUGUUUUGGAAAAAAAAGUUGCCCCAAGCUGAACGAUCCCGGGUCAGCAAAUACAAUGCCAAGAAAAUCCCACAAUUUAGCACAGCAAAAAAAAUCCGUCUUUGGUAGGAAAGAAAAAAAAAAUAAUACCAAAAAAAUAGAUAUAUAUUAUGUACAAUUAUAUAAUGAAUAUAUAUUUCAAUGAUAUGAAUAUAUUUUUAUAUAUGUAUGAGGGACAGAGAACAGGUGCACAUAGUUUGUGUCAGUGGAAGCCAGAUUGAUGAGGAGCCUCACAGCAGCAGGAUUCUCUUACACUUCUGCUCACACAGCCGCCCGGGACAGCUGGACUACUCUACUCCGGACUCCUACGAGUAGCACCGCUACGUGCGUGUACUUGCUGAAAACACACACACACACACACACACGCCUUGUGAUGAUGCCACAAGUGACUUCAAUCUCUUUUCAAUUAUUAGCGGCCGUUCGAAUAAAUGGUUGCCCCUGGCAACAACUUUAGUGGAGCGUCUGCCAAGCGUCACUCCAAAUAUAUUUUUAUUUCGAUGAACAUUUUUGGAUAAUGUCAAUUGGUGGAGAAUGUCAUGAGAGGGAUCGCCAUGGAGACGAGUCAUUGGACCUGGGCCACCGGGGACACGGUGGGUCUGUGGAGACUCGGGGCUGGGCGAGUCCCGGUCGGCGCUUUGCUUUUUGAAUUGACCAAAUCAACAAUCCACUUGCAAGUUCCAACCACGAAGUAGACUUUUUUGGUUUUGCCCCCCGGAGACGAGCGUGAUCGCUUGUUAAAACUCUUGAUGAGCGUCGCCGGCGUGCUCUUCGCACCGUCGGUGUCACAUUUCCCAAGACGCGGCCGUCACUUUGGUUUCAUCGUAGCAACAGUAACAAAGGAUGCAAAGGAUGGGGAGGGCCAGAGGGAGGGAGAGAGGAGAGAAAGAAAAAAGUAUCGGAUCAUGUCGUCUUCCACACGGCGCGGUACGGACGACGGCUGAGGUUCUUCCAAGGUAAGGAACAUGGCAGAAGAUACUGAAGCGUGGACGGCGCCACCUCUGAGACCUCAGGCGCGACUUCUAACCAGCGCCGCCAAGACUUGAUCAUCUGGAGAUUGACGAGCAGUGACUCCCUGAAGGAUUAUUCUCGCAGUAGGAGAACUUCAAUCCCGGUCCAGAUGUCCAACAAGGUCCGUCACGGAGACACGGAGGAGCCCGCCGAGCGCCCCCGCGAUGUCACGCCGCUCGGGCCCAGCCGCGGCCCGCUAUCGAGCGUCCGAUCGGUUUUCAGGCCCGACUCCCUGGAGAAGCUUUACCAGAGUUACUUCCGGCAGAGGAGGCAGCAGAACAUGCUGAUGCUGCUGACCUUCGCCGCCCUCUUCAACGGCUUCGUGGUGGUCACGUGCGGCGCCGUGUACGCCGAGCGCAAGCGGGCCAUGCUGGCGGUGGCGGCCGUGGGGCUGGCCGCCGACGUGGUCUUCUACGAGCUGUACCGGCGGCAGAAGCUGCCUGGGUCGACGGUCUCACGAGGUGCCGUCCCGUACGUGCUAUGGCUGAUGGUGAGCGUCCACGUGCUGUGCUACACGGGGCUCAACUUCGGCCACGUUUCCCACGCCAGCGACGCGGUGGGCUGGCAGGCCUUCUUUAGCUUCUCCGCUUUCCUGACUCUGCCCCUCAACCUGUCGGCCCUGCUCCUGCUCUCGGGGCUCUCCUGCGGGAUCCACCUGCUUCUCUUGGGCCUGACUGUGGCUCAGAGAUUUGAGGACCACUUACAAGGGCCCGUGCUGGUCAGGCAGCUCCUGGCCAACGCCAUGCUGUACCUGUGUGCAGCCGCAGUGGGGGUGAUGUCAUACUUCAUGUCUGACAGCAAGUACAGGAUGGCCUUUUUGGAGGCGCGCCAGUCCCUGGAGGUCAAAAUCACGCUGGAGGAGCAGAGCGCCCAGCAGGAGGAGUUACUGUUGUCCAUCCUGCCCAAGCACAUCGCCGAUGAGAUGUUGCAGGGUAUGAAGAACCAAGGCAAUGAGAACCAAGUCCAGGAGCAGCAGAAGCAGUUCAACACCAUGUACAUGUACCGCCACGAGCACGUCAGCAUCCUGUUUGCCGACAUGGUGGGCUUCACCCAGCUGUCCUCCACCUGCAGCGCUCAGGAGCUGGUCAAGCUGCUCAACGAGCUCUUCGCUCGCUUCGAUAAACUGGCCGAACGUCACCAUCAGCUGCGGAUCAAAAUCCUGGGCGACUGCUACUACUGCAUCUGCGGUCUUCCGGACUUCCGAGAAGACCACGCCGCCUGCUCCAUCAUGAUGGGACUCUCCAUGGUCGACGCCAUCUCUUACGUGCGGGAGAUGACCCAAACGGAGGUGGACAUGCGAGUGGGGGUCCACACGGGAACCGUGUUGGGAGGAGUGCUGGGUCAGAAGCGCUGGCAGUUUGACGUCUGGUCCACCGAUGUCACCGUCGCCAACAAGAUGGAGUCGGGGGGCGUUCCCGGUCGAGUGCAUAUAUCCCAGAGCACCAAGGAAUGUCUCCACGGCGAGUUUGAACUGGAGCCGGGAAACGGCGGCCAGAGAUGCGAGUACCUGCUGGAGAAAGGCAUCGACACUUAUUUGGUUCUGGUUCCUAAAACGGAGGAACCCAAGAGAAAAGUAAGCGUGGUGUCUACCCAAAAAUCCUGGCAGUUGAUCAACACCACGUCAAACGGGAACGUUGUUUCGACGUCUCCGGUCUCUCAAUCCCAUCAGGAGGUAAAUGGUACGUUAGCGGUUGAGCUUCUCUGUCUUCUGAUUCUUGGUGUUCUUCCUCAGCGGUACCGCUUGGGAGGAGAACAAGUCAUCAACGCGCGACUCCAGCAGGAGCUCCUGGAGAGAGAAACACAGCAAAUACUGAAGAAGCGGAUCCAUCUCGUGUGGUUGCGUUUUGUGGACGGCAAGCUGGAGGCGCGCUACUCCUCGGAGAAGGAGAAGCGCAGCGGGGCGGCCUUCUGCUGCUGCGCCAUGGUGCUGUUCUUCAUCACCGCCAUGGAGGUCUUCAUCGACCCGCUACUGGUGGUGAACUACGUGACUCUGGCCAUCGGAGAAGUUCUGUUGCUGGUCCUCACGGCGUGCUCCCUCGCCGCCAUCUUCCCGAGGUUUUUUCCCAAGAGGCUGGUGUCCUUCUCUUUGUGGAUCGACCGCACACGCUGGGCGAGAAACACCUGGGCCAUGGCGGCCAUUUUUGUCCUCACCAUGACCGUGAUGGCUGAUAUGCUCAGCUGCGUUCCGCCUCACUUCCGGUUGGUCAACGGCACGUCGGACAUGGUGCUGGGCGAGUGCGCCGAGAACCCCAAGCACUACAGCUUCAUGGGCGUGAUGUUGCUGGUGGCCGCCGCCAUGCUGGUGCAGGUCAGCCACGUGAUCAAGCUGAGCCUGAUGCUGCUGGUCGUCACGGCGACGGGGGCCGUAAACAUCCACGGAUGGCGAGACAUCUACGAUCUCUACGACUUUGUGCAUUUUGCAUCGUACAGAACCUCCAUGAUACCAUCCAAGUACCUGAUGACGGUGAUGACCGUGGUGAUGAUGGUCAGCCUCUACCUCUUUGCCCGCCACUUGGAGCGUCAAUCCAGAGAGUUGUUCCUGUGGAAGGUGGGCGUGCACGACCAAAAGGAGAAAGUGCUGGAGAUGAGACGCUGGAACGAAGCGCUGGUCACCAACAUGUUGCCCGAGCACGUGGCCAAGCACUUCCUGGGCACCAAAAAGAGAGAUGAGGAGCUGUACAGUCAGUCGUACGAAGAAGUAGGCGUGAUGUUCGCGUCCAUCCCCAAUUUCUCCGACUUCUACACAGAAGAAAGCAUCAACAACGGAGGCAUCGAGUGCCUCCGGAUCCUCAACGAGAUCAUCUCUGAUUUUGACAGCCUACUCGACCGGGACGAGUUCCGGACCAUCACCAAGAUCAAGACAAUAGGAAGCACCUACAUGGCAGCGUCGGGCCUCACCCCGAAAAGCAGCGUAAACGGACACGGCGACCGUCGCAAGCCGGAGGAGCUUCUGGAGCACUGGCAGCACCUGGCCAAUCUGGCUGACUUCGCUUUGGCCAUGAAAGUCACCCUGGACAACCUCAACAAGCAGUCCUUCAAUAACUUCAUGCUACGAAUCGGACUUAAUAAAGGUGCCGUUCUGGCCGGCGUGAUCGGAGCGCGUAAACCUCACUAUGACAUCUGGGGGAACACGGUCAACGUGGCCAGCAGGAUGGAGUCCACCGGAGUCAUGGGGAACAUUCAGGUGGUGGAGGACUGCUUCGACAUCCUGAAGUUCUACGGCUUCCGCUUUGUGCGAAGGGGACCCAUUCUUGUCAAAGGGAAAGGCGAGCUGCUCACCUUCUUCAUGAAGGGCAAAGAAAAAAACCCAAGUGACGUUCUUCCACAAACCACUCUUCCGCACCAAGUGGUGCAUGUUUUUUGAUGUACAGUCCACUUUGCUACAUCUGCAAUUUUUUUUUUAUUGGUAUUGGUCACAAUGUUCUGUAGCUAUGGUAAUGGCAUGUAGACCAACAAUAACAGUUGUACAGUCAAUGCUGGCACUUGAUUUACAAAGUGCCUGGUUGUCAUUUAUAUAUUUCAUUAAACAAGUUUGUACUGUG